ACACCCAACCUGGAACCAGUAAACAUUAGAUAUAUUGAUAUUUAAUCAACACUUACCACGAACCUAAAAUAAAAUAAUACAGUAAAAGCAAUACAAAUGCAAUAAUUUUCUGGGUUAGUUCAACUUUUUUAUUGCAACUUUUGAAUUGGUGAAUCAAUCAAGUAUAUUGGAUACCAGAAAAAACAAUAUCGAUACAAUUAUCUCAUACCAAUCGCCUAUUUGUCCAUUUCCAGCUGAAAGAUAUCACAAUAAAGAUAAACAAGUAACGUUUCAUUUUCAUCGCCAAACUCAUCGUUGUUUACAUCUUUUCCCCUUAAUCUUAAUCACCACAAUUGUACAACAUAAUUUUAAAACAAAUUUUAAUAUAAAGCUGUUAGUGUUUUAAUGAGUGAAUUACAAAGCAACGCUUUAUUUGUUUAUGUUUAUCUCUAUCAAUUCUGAAUGUUUUUAUUACUCAACAGUUUGACUUGUUGAUUUUGAAGCCUGUGUCUGGCAAAAUUCAGCAUCGAUGAAAAUUUCAAAAAAGUGAUCUAAUUUCAGUGAGUCAACUUUUGAUUGGAUUCAUUGGAUCAUCAACCGUUUUGUUAAUAUUUAAAUUUUGAUCUAUGGUUAAUGUUCCACCUGAUUAUGCCAUGGAUUGACUUAUUAAUUGCCGUUAUUAUUUUCUUUCCGCCCUCAACUUCCAGUCAACCUAAAGGUGAUUAUUUAGGUUGUCCUCGAGGUCCUGGUGAUCUUGAUUGUGAUCAACGAUCAGUUGAUUCGAUAUGUCGAUACGAUGAAUACUCUUGUACAGACAAUAGUCAAUGUAUUCCUAUUGAAUUUCAAUGCGAUUCUUUGCCUGACUGUAGAGAUUUUUCAGAUGAAAUUGGAUGCUCUGCUCCAACAAUCUUGAAAAAUCCUCCUGAAACUGCUAUCGCUGUCGAAGGUUCCAAUGUUACUUUAACUUGUCGAGCAUUUGGUAAGCCUUUGCCUGUAAUAACAUGGCUUUUCAAUGACAAAGUUAUUGAAAUAACUCCAAGAAUCAGUUGGACCAACCAUGAUGGCUUUGGUUUACUCAUCAUUAGAUCAGUGGUACUUGAUGACCAAGGUAACUGGACUUGUGUUGCCAGCAACAGCAAAGGUUCGAUUAAAGGUCACAACGAUUGUCGACUAACCAUUAAGAAUCGUUCUGGUUCAUGUUAUCCUCCAUAUUUCAAUGAUCAAGCUCAGAGUCAAUUUGAUUGCUUAAGGUGUCAUUGUUUUGGUAUCACAGAUACGUGUUACAGUAGCUCACUGAAAAUAACUCAAAUACCAUUAACAAGUGAUGUAACAAUAGCAGUUUUAAGACAAAUUAACAAUGAAUCUUACGUAAAUAUUGGUUACACUCAUCCUCCCAACCAAAGAGCAAUAACUUACAGUCCAUCGAUUAGAGAAUUCAAAUUCACCAAUGAAGCAAUUGAUGCUGAUACACCUGAUGAUGCCUUUCUUUACUGGAGUUUGCCAAAAAUGUUUCUCGGUAACCAGCUUAAUUCUUAUGGUGGUUAUCUCCGGUACAUGUUUCGAUAUCGCACUCCGUUUGCCCCACACGAUCCUGAUCUAUGGGAUAUCAUUAUUUCGGGAAAUGGAAUAACCUUAUAUUACGAUGUGAUAGAUGGACACAGCUCUAUCGAAGACAAUAAAGUUGAACUACGUUUUUGGGAAAAUCUUUGGACUAAAGGUGAAGUCAACCUAAGAAAAAAAUGGUCUAAACGACAUUUAGCUAAUAGGGCUGAUAUAAUGCAAGUUUUGGCAAAUAUUGACUAUUUUUAUGUUCGAGCCAGUUAUGAUGAAGUUUUUCUCGAAUCAAGUAUUCUCAAUUUGAGAAUGGAUACCGGUUCUUAUAGAAACUCAUCUGAUUUAGAGACUGGUGUUUAUAUUGAAAAAUGUUCAUGUCCAGAAGGUUACGAGGGAAAUUCUUGUGAGACUUGUGCUCCUGGAUUUAUAAGACAUAAUGAUGAUUUAUGGCUUGGUAAAUGUGUCCGAUUAAGCCUAGCGUGCUCAUGCCAUGGACAUACUUCUAAAUGUGAUGAGCUUUCUGGUCGCUGUAUUGACUGUGAACAUAACACUGAAGGUUUCAACUGUGAACGCUGUGCUCGAGGUUAUUAUGGAAACUCAACUUUAGGUCAUGUCAAUGAUUGUCAGCCUUGCCCUUGUCCUUAUAUUAAUCCAUCCUUUCAAUUGGCUAGCCUUUGGACAGCAGGUUUUCCUCCACAAUGGUUCUCUCCAACCUGCUAUUUAGAUUCUGAUAAUGAUGUAACAUGUAGUUCGUGUCCUCUCGGAUUUGAAGGUAGACGAUGUGAAAAAUGUGCCCCUGGGUACAUUGGAGAUCCUAAUAGUCUAGGUGGAUCGUGUAAACCUUUAGGUUGUGGUGUUGGCUUCUUUCCAUGUACCAAUGGAAAAUGCAUAAAUGACACUUUACGCUGUGAUGGUGUUCCUGAUUGUCUGGACAAUUCAGAUGAAAAUUAUUGUGUUUCUGUAACACCGAACUCGCGGAAUAAGCACAAGCCUACUAUGAUUGAUGGUUCUAUUGAGGACAUUGAAGAAGACGAUUUUAUGAAUAUCAAUGAUACUCUCAACGAAAUCAAUAUUUUGAUUCAUUCUAAUAUUGAUAUCAAUUGUCCAGGACUAGAAAACCAUUAUAAUGUAACUUGGUCUUAUGAAAUGGAUGGGAAAGAAGCACGAUUUCCUAUCGGAGUAGAUUUCGUUGACAAUCAACUCAGGAUUCGAGAUAUUCAAGUCAAUCACUCUGGUCGAUACGUUUGCAAAGGUUAUUCUCAUUUUGGUAACAUGGAUAGUAAUUUUUUAACUCUCAAUGUUAAAGACUCGCCAACAAUUUCCUUGAAAAUCAGUUCAAACCAAAAAAAUAUUGAUAUUGGUGAUACAUUAAGACUUGACUGUCAGCUGUCGGGAGUUAAAGAACCUUUAGUUACCUGGUAUCGUUUGGGUUAUCCAUCGCUCCCUUCUAAUAUUGAAGUAAUCGGAGGCCAAUUGACGAUUGAAGACGUUGGAAGAAAUGACGGAGGAGCUUACCGUUGUCAAGCUCACACAUUAGAUGGUAUAAUUAAUGGAGAUUACAUGCUCACUAUACAUGCUUUUAAACGACGAGUUGUUGCUGGUUCAAGUAUUGUUCUUAAGUGCCCAAAAAAGUCUAAAAAUGCCAACUCGAUAACUUCAACUACCUGGAUCAAACAAAGUUCAGUUCUUUCCAACUCAAGCAUCAUUGAGGGUUCAACAUUGAAAAUAAAAAAUGCUCAAGCAACAGAUUCAGGAUUGUACAUAUGUAAAGUUGUUAAUGAAUUAACAACAAGUGAGUGCCAAAUUGCUCUCCACGUUACCGGAUUGAUUGCCGGUUUUACAGAAGGUGGAACGGGCUACAUUACAUUACCUUCAAUUCCAGAGGCAUACUCUGAAUUUGAACUUGAACUUAUUCUUCGCCCUGAUUCAACUGAAGAUGGUCUAAUUUUAUUUAGUGGACAGUUUCCUGAUAAAGGUGAUUUCAUUUCACUUGGGUUCAAAGACUCACGUUUAGUUUUUAAAUUUGAACUUGGCUCUGGAGUGGUAACAAUGAGAUCUCCUGGUCCUCUUCUUACAGGAGUUUGGCAUGUAAUUCACAUUUUUAGGUCUCGUCGAGAUGCAACUUUAACAAUCAAUUCAACUAUUCAAGUCAAAGGCCAUUCAAAAGGUCGUUUCAUUGGACUUGACUUAAGAGAGGCUUUGUACAUUGGAGGAGUACCUAAUUUCACGUCUAUACCAGCAACAGUUGAUCACAAAAAAGGUUUCGUGGGCUGCAUUUCUUCCUUUAAAAUUCGUAAUAUUGAACAAAGCUUAAUGACUCGUCCAAGUAAUUUUUUGAAAGGAGUUAAAUCCUGUGAAACUUGUUCUCCAUCUAAUUGUCAUAAUGGUGGCCAUUGUUUUGAAUCUCAUGAACUUCGUGGAUACCGUUGCAUUUGUUCACCAGGAUUUAAAGGUGAUCGCUGUUCUUGGAUUGGAAAAUCUUGUUAUACAGGAAUUUGUGGACCUGGUGUGUGUGUAGACCAUUACAAUGCAGGUGUUUCGUGUCACUGUCCAAUGGGUUAUGAUGGAGACCACUGUGAAAAGUCCAUCAAAAUAAACCAACCAUUGUUUACCGGUUUAUCGUAUGCUGCUUAUUCUGUACCUAAUGGGUCAGUUGAAAAGUUUAAAAUUAGCCUUAAAAUUAAAGCUAUCAGCUUGGAAGACUCGGUCAUCGUUUAUACGGGACAAAAUGCUGUCGGAUCAGAAGAUUUUAUUGCUCUAAUUUUAAGGAAACAAGCAAUCGAGUUUAUCUUUGACACUGGUUCAGGCCCAGCAUAUAUUAGAUCAUCUAAUCUUGUUUUAAAUGGUGUUUGGAUAAGUAUUCAAGCUGAACGAGAACAUAAUGAGGGAACUUUAAUUGUUGGUGAUUCAAAACCUAUUAAAGGACGAUCUCCUGGGCAAACUAAAGGUAUAAAUACUCGUCUUCCAUUAUAUAUUGGAGGAAUUGAUUUGAAAAAAGUUAAAUAUUCAAAACAAGUUAUGGAAAGGUACCAAGGUUUUCACGGGUGUAUUUCUGAGUUAUCUGUUAACGGAGAACCAAUUGAUAUGGUUAAUGAAACAAUUCAAGCAUCACAAGUUAAAGACUGUGAAUCAAAUUAUUCUCAUUCAUUACAAUCCCCAUGUCAUAAUGGUGGCUCAUGUCUUCAAGAAAAUGGCACUUCUCGAUGUAUCUGUCCGCCUGGAUUUACAGCCUUUUUAUUAUCUUCUUUCAGGUAGUGAUUGCGCUUUUCACAUAAAUAGCUAAAACUUUAAGAACUGUUGAGCUUUUCUGGUUAUGGCCAUUGAGUGUUAUCCGAGAUUUCUUUAUUAAAACACUAAUAUCCUAUUUGGAUGUAAAAUAAAAAGGUUGCUGAAUCAAUUCAUCAACAAUCAAUCAUGCAAGGUAAAAAUUUUGAUAAGAAGGACAAUUUCAACGACUUCUAACUUAUUAUCUAUAGUUACUGUUAAAUAUUUCAGUUUGGCAAAUCAAGUUCGUAAACCAAGUUUGCGUUUUUUUGUAUCAUCCUUAUUAAUGAAUAAGUGCAUGUCAAUUUUGCAAAUAAAAAUAAACUACUCAUUAAGAAA